AUGAUGCCGACUGCUCACGUGUACGGCGGCCACCACCAGUUCAAUCCACAAGCGGACUCGGCCGCAUGGAUGCACCAGCAGUCGAAUCAGCACCAUCAUGCACAGCAAGCUGCCGCCGUUGCCGCUUCGGCUGUCCAGCAACAGCAGCAACAGCAACAGCAACAUCAGCAGCAACAGCAGCACUACAGCAGACUUGCCGGUGCUCACUCCGCCGUCAGCUCCCUAGCCAAUGCCCAUACACAGGACGGCAGUCACGAUAACAUAUCUGAGGACAAUCGGAGAACGAUGUCUUACAUUGCUGAUCUGUUGAACGAAAGUACUCGCGAGGCCGCUCUCUUGGAGCUAAGCAAGAAGCGAGAGCAAGUCCCAGAGUUGGCUCUCAUUCUUUGGCACUCUUUCGGAGUUAUGACUUCCUUGUUGCAGGAGAUCAUCUCAGUCUACACCCUACUAAACCCAUCCCAGCUCACAGCCGCAGCUUCUAAUCGGGUAUGCAACGCGCUGGCACUUCUCCAGUGCGUUGCUUCCCACAACGACACACGCACGCUUUUCUUGAAUGCUCACAUCCCUCUGUUUCUCUAUCCGUUCCUGAACACGACAUCGAAAUCGAGGCCCUUCGAGUACCUACGUCUGACAUCGCUUGGCGUUAUCGGCGCCCUCGUGAAGAACGAUUCGUCCGAGGUCAUCAAUUUUCUCUUAACCACAGAGAUUAUCCCCUUGUGCCUGCGUAUCAUGGAGACAGGCUCCGAGCUGAGCAAAACAGUGGCUAUCUUCAUCGUUCAGAAAAUCCUGCUGGAUGACAAUGGUCUCAACUACAUCUGCGCCACAUAUGAACGAUUCUACGCGGUAGGAACUGUUCUGAGCAAUAUGGUUGCUCAACUAGUCGAGCAACAGACGGCUCGCUUGCUCAAGCAUGUCGUCAGGUGUUUCCUUCGGUGA